UAUUCACCAUCGAUGGUCGAUCAAAAUUCGUAGCAGAAACAUUAUUUUGUUUUGUUUUGAAGUUUUCUAAAAGAGACAAAUUUUGUACUUCAUAUAGGCUUUUAGCCAUGUAGAAGUUUGAGGUCACUAAUGCAAUUCUAUGAAUUUUGGUGGGUCCCCUUCUUAGACUCCAUCUCUGAGGUUCAUCCACAUCUAAUCCUUAGUACCAUCCUAUCUCCAAAACCUACCAAAAAAAUUCCAAUACAUUUUCUCGUUAUUUACCUUGUAAUAAUCUGCAUUUAAUUUGACCCUUCACAUUUUUUGCUGAUUAUAGUCCUUCAUUUUCAAUGCCGGGGACUAUCCAUGUUUCAGUACUAGAAUUGGUGGGACUUCCAUCUCCACCACAGUCUUCAUCAAUGGGUGUUAAAGUUUCUAUGGGAAAGAAAGCACAUGAAAUGCGGGACAAGGAAGAAACUUCUCUCCCAUUAGCAUCGCUUCGGGACAUUUUGAAUGUGUCAGUUCAUGAUUUUGAAGGGAAUGAAAUAGCACAUACAGAUGUUGAAACUAGAUCAAUUGUUGAAAAAGUUAUAUGGGAUGAUUUAUUUCCUCUUAAAGGUGGGGGCAACAUCCGUUUGAGACUGCAUUUUCUUCUUACUGAAGAUGAGCAGAAUCGAAUUCGUAUUAUGAGAGAAUCUGCAGCUCGGAGAAAACAGGAGGAUCUCCUGAAGAGGAGACAUAGUAGCUCAGCAUUAGCACACGCUUCUGUUGGUAGCUCUGCUUCUCCACAAGAUUCAAUCAGAUCUCAGAUCGCGGCUCAGGAGAAAAGUGUGGAUCCAUCUGACAGCCAAGCUCAUAAGAUAUCUGCUGAAUUUUAUAAUAAGAAUAAUUUUCUGAAGAAAGCUCAACUUGGUCAGAAGAAACAAGCAUUCUCCACCUCCAAAUCAACCGGGGCUUUGGAUAAGCUGCCAGCUUAUCAGCACCUGAAGGAAAGAUUACAAGGGCAAGAUGCGGAGCAACAGAGUGAUCAGUCGGAUAAAUCCCCGAGCAAUAUAAGGAAAAUGAUUCUUGCCUUUGAAAGCAGUCCAGUGAAGGAAGAGUCACCUGCUACAAAUAAAACAAGGGAAACACCUCAAUUAAGCAGUAGUACCAUGGUGGAUGUUCCUGCCAAAGUGCCAAGCCUAAAGAAGACGAUCCCUGUCAAUAAUCAACUGAUUUUGUCUGGCUUAGAAACAAAACUGGCCUUUUCAAUUCCUCAGGAAAUAGAGAAAGAAAGAGGGAAACUAUUACCGGCUAUUGAUAAACCAAGAGAAACAUAUUUAAUAAGCAGUAUUGGUGGAGUGGAUACUCCUCCUAAAGUUCCAAACAUAAAGAAGACUGUUACUAUCGGUACUAAACCAAUUUUGUCCAAAAUAGAAACAGUGCGAGCUCCUUCAAUUCCAGAGGAAAUAGGGGAAGAAAGAGGGAAACUGUUACCUGCUACUAUUGAAACGAAGGAAACAGCCCAAUUGAGCCAUAUGACUACAGUGACUACUCAAUUGAAAGUGCCAAGCUUGAAGAAGAAGGUUGCUGCCAACAAUAAACCAGCUGUGUCCAACUUAGAAACGGCACCAACUCCUUCAACUCCAGAGGAAAUAGGGAAAGAAAGCGGGAAAUUCUUACCUACUAUUAGUAAAACAAAGGAAACAACUCAGUUGAGCAGUAUAACUAGUGUGGAUACGCCUUUCAAAGUGCCAAUCGUAAAGAAGACUUUUACUAUCAGUACUAAACCAGCUUUGUCCAACUUAGAAACAGCAUCAGCUCCUUCAACUCCACAGAAAACUGAGAAUGAAAUAGGGAAACAGUUAUCUGCUACUAAUGAACCAACUCAAUUAAGCCAUAAUGCUGCAGUGGAUACCCCACCCUACAUGUCUAUCUUAAAGAAAACCAUUAUUGUCAACAAUAAAUCAGUUUUGUCCAACUUAGAAAAGGCACCAGCUUCUUCAACUUCACAGGAAUUAGGGAAAGAGAAAGGGGAAUCAUUGCCGAAUAACAAAACUAAGGAAACGACUUGGGCAACGAGUAAUAGUAAUGUCGAUGCUUCAUCCAAAGUAAUCUUAAAAAAGAUAGUUGAUGCAUAUUCAGAAACAGCAUCAGCUAUUUCUGCACCAGAAGAGACACAGAAAGGAAGAGGGAAAGACAAUGACUAUGGAGCUGUUCCUCAAGAGACUUCUGAUGAGAAUAAUAUAUCCAAAACACAACCUACAGAAGAAGAGAAUGAACAGGAGAAAAACUGUAUGGAAAAGUUGCAUACAUCACCCGUCUCUGAAAAAAGUAUAUUUUCUUUGAAGACACUUCUUGCAGCUUUACCUAGACGAAAGAAGUUUUCAACUGAUAUGUUCAGUAAGAAGUAUGGUUUUACUUCCAACGAUCCUCUUGUCAUUGAGAAGAAAUGGAGAAGCAAACAAUGGAAAUCUUCUCAACGUAGAGUAAAAUCUAAAAUAUCUUAUGAGAACAAGCGUUACUCGAUUGAUAACUAUCGUGGGUGGAUGUUUUUGGAUGAAAUGAUACACUCAUGUGUUUUAAGUGAUGAUAGGCCAUUUGUUGAUGUACUUGGAGGUUGUCGUUCCAAUUGCAGUCAAGAUAAUGAUCAAGAAAAGCUCCCGGAUACUGGUGAUCAUACACAAAGUAAAAAACCAGAGUCCAGCAGAAGACAUAACGAUAUAUCUAUUCCUGGACCAGCCGGGCAGGUAAUGAAGAUUGCAGUCAUGGUAGGCUUUGGCGUCCUUGUAUUACUUACCAGACAGAGAAACUGAAGAUCAUACAGCCAAUGUAGUUCACCAAAAAUAUACAGCCAAUGCUGAUUUUGGGGCCAGCGUAGGAUUAAUUUCUAUACAGAAACAUACCAUUUACGUGUCUGUAAACAUAUAUCAAACUGCUUUGUGCUAAUGUAAAUCCAUUUUUGUGUUUA